AUGAACAACAACUUGAAGUCGAGUCUUGUUACAUACAGUAAACUGCCGUUAUUUCUACCGCGGAGUGAUUUUCGGAUUGUUUGCUCGUUGAUGAAGCAGCUGGGAUCUUCAAGUGGAAUCCCAGAUUUGGAGAAUGUCUUUUUGAAGAUUCAGAGGAUGAAGUUGUCAAGGAAGCAUGCACUCACAAUGCGUUGCUUAAUUCGCCUAUCGUACGAGAUUGGAGACGCUCAGCUGAUCGAAACGUUCUACCGCCAAAUUUGCGAAGAAGAGAUUUAUGUGAACAAUUCCUUUUUAAACGAUGUUGUGUUUGAUUGCCUCUUUUCUCUCAACGCAUACAAGUCAAUCUGCACCAUCGUUCAGUCUCUAGAAUCUCUCCUGGAUGAAGGAAAGGUUCUCCCCUCCUUCAACAAUCAUUCCAGUCAAAACGCGAUCAUCGCCUUUAUGGCCGAAGGCCGAGACGAUCUGCUGCUGUUCUUCCUUCAGCAGAUCAAGACCAACUGGCGAAUUCCGGUCACAAUCACGGAUUACAUCGUGUCCAACGCGGUUCGGAACACUUCGCUCGCCACACUUUUCCCCAAAUGUCUCGACUCCCAGCCCGUACUUCCCCGUUUUCCCCUUUUCUCUAGAAAUCGGCGACGUUAUUCAACGCCAUCAUCGAUUUCUACGCGCACUGCAGCGACUUCGCUUCCGCGUUCAGCAUCGUGCAGCGCGCCAAAGCAGCGGGCGUGA